CUGUUCUCUAGAGCCGGUCCUUUAGUUUAGCGGCCAGUCCGCUGUGGGCACGGGUUGGGCCACUGCGGUCUCCUGGGAAUUUUCGUUUUAUUCGCUGAUCUUCAAAGCCUGCCUUUUAAACCCGGACAAGUUCCUCUGACGCCGGUGCAGCUGUCUGAUUAACCAUAUAAAGUCAGUCUGGUCACUGGUCCGCACCAUGGUUAGCGAAGUGCAAAUUGGAACAUGGAAGCCUCACAGACCAAGAGGUCCUAUAGCAGCUCUGUACAGCAGCCCGGGUCCUAAAUAUGGCCUGCCCGGGAAUACAGGCUAUACUAACCAUGACCCCAGUAAGUUCCGGGCUCCAGCUUUCAGCUUUGGUACCCGUCGUUUUAAAUACAUGGAUGACUGCUCUCCUGGCCCAGAGUAUCUUGUACCGGCAAACAUGACAGUUCGGGGAAAGGAAGGCACACCUGCAUACUCCAUCUAUGGAAGACCUAAAGACUUCAGUAUCUUCCAGACCCCUGGGCCAGGUAGUUAUGCUCCUGAGCGUGCUGGGAAAUCCGCAUUCCCCUCUCCUCCAAGGUAUUCCCUGGGAGCAAGGACAAAGAUGUUCAGCAAUGAUCAGACACCAGGUCCAGCGGCAUAUAAGCUCCCCUCUGUCAUUGGGACACAUGUAGUUAAUAGAUCAUCUGCCCCAAACUACUCCAUGACUGGUAGAAGCAAGAUUGGGAGCUUCCACGAAGACCUGCAGAAAACACCUGGUCCAGGAGCCUAUCGUGUUGUGGAUCCAACAUUAUAUAAGUACAAGCCUCCUCAAUACAGCAUGACUGCCAGAAACUCCAUGCCUGGGGACGCAACGCAAAAACCAGGGCCAGGAGCCUACAAACCCGAGAAGGUGGUCAUGACUCGGUCUCAAGCUCCUAGUUUCUCGUUUGGAAUCCGCCACUCACCAUAUGUUGCACCAUUGAUUGUGGAUGUGGCGGACUAGCCAAGAAAGCAAGAUACAAUGGACCCGAACAGCUCUCACCCUGAUCGCAUCAUCACAGGCAUGGCCAUAUCAUAUAGGAAAACUAAGCAGCUGCUUAAGGUCACUGAACUGGUCUUAUGUUAGCAAGUAAGAGCAUUUCACCUAGGGUGCUAGAAAGGCUAAGGAUGGCCCUGCAUCCAUUGUUUUCAGCUUGAUGGGCAAAGGUGUAGUUUAGAUUUAAUUUCGAAUGCACUGAUGAAAUAAAUUUGAUAUUAACCCAG